GGAGUUAGUUCAGCCCCCUUGGCCUCCAUGGCAUGGCAGCCAUAUUGAACUCUUGUGGUAAAAGUGUAUUGAGAGAAGACAUACGUAGGAGCUGGACUAAUGACUAAUGGAGCUGAGGGAAAUGACAAUUCAUGGUGCCCCGAGUAAACUAGAUACAGGAUGAGCAUCGUCAUCUCGCUCAAGGGUCAUGCUGAGCUGGAAGGUACGUGAUAUGUUAUGACUAUAAAAUCAUGGGAAAUUGUGUUUAUCUUUGCUAUCCAUUAGAAAUUGGAAUUGUUAUUAUUGGAAUGGUGCCUGACAGUGUGUGUGUCUACCAACAGAAUAGCUUCAUUGUUCCUAGCAGCUGUUAGCAUGUGUUACUGUACACCAAAGUGUGCCAAUGUUUAUGAUCCCCGGCUAACUAGUUUAGUCACUCUGAACUGUGUACACACUUUCAAUUUAGCUCCCGAUGUAGCCACUACAUGUUAUGUGUGUUUAGCCCUCUACAACAAAGGCGAGAGCAUUGUCAUCAGGACUCUUAACCUAGCAGCUGUUAGCAUGUGUUACUGUACACCAAAGUGCUAAUGUUUAUGAUCCCCGGCUAACUAGUUUAGUCACUCUGAACUGUGUACACACUUUCAAUUUAGCUCCCGAUGUAGCCACUACAUGUUAUGUGUGUUUAGCCCUCUACAACAAAGGCGAGAGCAUUGUCAUCAGGACUCUUAAAUUAAUGUUUGUUGAGGGGAGAGCUCUUAAUUAAAGGUGCACUUGAUAAUUCAAUUUCAAUUCAGGCUAUAAAAGCUAGAUUGACACAUGCAUGCUCAGUGUACUCCGUGCUAACCGCUGAUUUCAAAAUGGCUCGACUGAUUAUUGUAACCCUCCUGGCUCUUGCUACUCUGACACUGGUGGCAGAGGCGUACCCAGUGCGUUGUUACAGGGACCGCUACAGCUGCAACAAAUAUUGUGGUUAUGGCUAUGCCUGUAGUUCUUGGUAUCACUAUGAACAUUGCUGUCAGAAGGCUGUCAAUUCUGAUGACUCAAAAUCCGACUCCAGUGUCAGUGAAUCAUCGGAGUCCAACGGCGAUAGUCGUUCUGAUGAUAGCACCAGCAAUCGCUCAACAGGAUCUGAAUCGAGCUCUGACUCUUCAAGCCAAGAUUCGAGCUCCAAAUCAUCCCGUUCAGGUUCCAGCUCAAGCUCUAAAUCAUCGAGUUCAGGUUCCAAUUCCUCCAAAUCUGGUUCCAGCUCAAGCUCUAAAUCAUCGAGUUCAGGUUCCAAUUCCUCCAAAUCUGGUUCCAGCUCAAGCUCUGACUCUGGAAAACAAAACAACGGGAAAAAGUAUUACUAGGAUGCAUGUGCCACUGUAUCAACCGAACUGAACCUUAAUUGCUGUAUUAGAUUAGUUAGUGUGCUUAGACUUUGUUUCAUGGGAACGUUUAUAGUUGAGCUCAUUUUUUGUCAUAUAAAUAUGUCAUUACAUUCAGUCAAAACAUUCUUGAGGUACUUACGAGGUCAGAAUGUCGUCGCUGUUAUCUACUACAGCUGAUGGUGUAAAUACGCUGUAUUGUAAUUGCUAACCAAUUGUGGCUAGUUUUAAGGUGUGUCGCCAUGGCCAUUCUUUCAUUCUCUAUAAAAUACUUUAGAAAGUUCAUUCCUAACCAUGCUCAAUUGUACAUGCUUGCAAUUGAAAAAACUGAACUGUCACAGCAAUGCCGAAGAAUCUUGCUACUGGAGUGCUUCUAGUGAUUGCCUUGUUCACGCUAGUGAUCGAGACUCAGGCAAAAUGCCGUCAUUCUAGCUGGGGCUGCCCAAAAUGUAGGAGCGGUCAAACAUGUAAAUCAUCUGGCUCAUUCAAGUGCUGUGUCAGCUCUAACACACACUCAUCCAGCGUCAGUGAAGAGUCGAGAAGCGAUAGUCAUUCUGAUGAUAGCACCAGCAAUCGCUCAACAGGAUCUGAAUCGAGCUCUGACUCUUCAAGCCAAGAUUCGAGCUCCAAAUCAUCCCGUUCAGGUUCCAGCUCAAGCUCUAAAUCAUCGAGUUCAGGUUCCAAUUCCUCCAAAUCUGGUUCCAGUUCAAGCUCUGACUCUGGAAAACAAAACAACGGGAAAAAGUAUUACUAGGAUGCAUGUGCCACUGUAUCAACCGAACUGAACCUUAAUUGCUGUAUUAGAUUAGUUAGUGUGCUUAGACUUUGUUUCAUGGGAACGUUUAGAUGAGCUCAUUUUUUGUCAUAUAAAUAUGUCAUUACAUUCAGUCAAAA